GCCGCUUCUCGUUGGCGUAUUUCCGCUGGAAAGUUGAAGUCAGAGCGGCGCACACCGGAGUUGACGUUUGAAGCUGCAGGAGCUGGGGAAUCGGACAGCAGUGCUGCUUCGGGCUGCUCUACUCCGCGCCACUGCGCUUGCGCUGAAACCGACCCUGCCCCCCGGCAUCCCGCGCGGCCUUCAGAUGCGCCAGCGUCUAGCUCCGGCUGCUCCCGGUGACGCUCGACGAGAGCGCUGCUUCGGACGGGGCAGCGCUCUGCCGGAGCGGGCUAACGGCGAUGCCCCUCCGCAGGCCGUCCUGGAGCCAUCUGUGUGUCAGGUGCCAGUGACCUUCGGAGAUGUGGCUGUGUACUUCUUCAGGGAUGAAUGGGAGUGUCUCAGUCCUAGCCAGAGGACCCUCUACCGGGAUGUGAUGCUGGAGAACUUCAGGAACUUGAAGGAGCUCGGAUACUGUGGCCAGAGACCAGGCCUUAUUUCCCGUCUGGAACAAUGGGAUGAGCCAUGGGUUGACGUCUGGGACAGAUCUGAGUUUCCGGAAGGACAGAAAAGUGUCUGCCCAGGAGUCAGAAAGGUGGUUUCAGCUCCUGAGAGGACCCAUUCACGGACAGGAGCCGGGAGAGGGGCUACCUUGACGAAGAAUGUCCCGACGUCCGGGAAGGUGCGGCUUCCCAGAGCCAACUCUGGGAGGGGAAUGGGCAAAAAGGAAGCUCUCCAGAACCAGAUGUGUGGAAAAUCCUGCCGGAAGCAGCCAGACCUCAAGGAGCAGGGCCAGAGUGGCGCUGAGGGACACCCAUUUAUCUGUGGCAUUUGUGGGAAGGCCCUGAGCUGUCACAGCCGGCUGGCCGCUCACCAGACGGUCCACACGGGGACCAGGUCCUUUGAGUGCCUCGAGUGUGGCCAAACGUUCCGCUGGGCUUCAAACCUCCUGCGCCACCAGAGAAAUCACACGAGUGAAAAGCCCUUCUGCUGUGAGGUGUGUGGACAGGCCUUCAGCUUGAAGGACCGCCUGGCGCAGCAUCGCAAGAUCCACACCGAGCACCGGCCCUACGAGUGCAGCGACUGCGGGAAGGCCUUCAAACAGAAGUCAAACCUCCUGCGGCACAAGCUAGUGCACACCGGAGAGAAGCCGUUCUACUGCGACACAUGUGGCAAGGCCUUUCGGACUAAAGAGAACCUGAGCCACCACCAGCGCAUUCACAGUGGAGAGAAGCCCUACACCUGCGGGGAGUGCGGAAAGGCUUUCCGGUGGCCCAAGGGCUUCAGCAUCCACCAGAGGCUGCACUUGACCAACAAGUUCUAUGAGUGUGAGCAGUGCGGAAAGGGCUUCCGCCACCUGGGCUUCUUCAGGAGACACCAGAGAAUUCACGGGCGAGGAGAAAUGUAGAGCCUCCAGUGGGCAUCUGGCCUUCCCCUUUCUCCGUUGCAGGGAAGACUACAGCAGGUGCUCUCGAGCCGAGGCCGCAUACCUGGCCCGUGAACCAGCCGUUUUCACUUGUUGCAAGUCUCUGAGGAAGUUCUGACACGGGGAAGGGAUGGAUUGUUCCUUUGGUGCUCCUUGCCUCUGGCUAUGUCUGCUAAGGGAUUUGCCCUGUCCUGAGUGUCGCUUGUAUGCACUUUAACUCUUCUCUCUCCUAGCUCUCCUGUCUAUCUUGUGGGUGGGAGGUUUGAGGCUCGAGCAGAAGCAAAGCUUACUGUUGGAGCUGACAAGGUGGCCCAGAGGGCGAAGGUCUGCAAAGCCUGAUAAUUGAGCUUGAUUCCCAGGGAUCCAUAUGGUGGGAGGAGAGAACCAAAUGCUGUAAGCUGUCCUCUGACUUCCCUCCUGUGUGUGUGUGUGUGUGUGUGUGCGCGCGCACACACACACACAGACAUAAUAAAUACAUAAAUCAAUGGGAGAAGCCUCUUCAGUCUCAGCAGGUGGCCAUAGAAACAGACUUGCUAAGGGGCUACAGGAAGACCUGGAGGCAUGCUGGGGCAGCUUGUGGGAGGGCAGCCGCCAAUGGAACUGGCUGUGGGGAGUAAACUUCUAUUACAGCGCC